CCCCACCCUCCCCUGCUCUGAGGUACUUCCUCUCCGGCAGACAGCAUCCAGACCCUGGUGUAGGCUACACCACCGCCCUGAGCCUGGGAUUGGCAUCAGCUUCCCACCAGGACUUGGCAAAGCUCAGGUCCUCACAAUGGUCAACAACACUACCUCACCUGCAGCACUCUCCCCAGCACCCUCCCGCUCCUCCCUGGCUAUCAUAGUACUGAUCCUGGCCCUCAUUGUGGGGCUUCCUGGCAACAGCUUUGUGGUGUGGAGCAUCUUGGCAAAGAUGCAGAAGCGCUCUGUCACAGCCCUGAUGGUGCUGAACCUGGCCGUGGCCGACUUGGCCGUGUUGCUGACUGCCCCUUUUUUCCUGCACUACCUGGCCCGGGGCACCUGGAUUUUCCAACUGUUUGGUUGCCGACUCUUUUUCUACAUCUGCGGAGUCAGCAUGUACGCCAGCGUCCUGCUCAUCACGGCCAUGAGCCUGGACCGCUCCCUGGCGGUGGCCCGCCCCUUUGUGUCCCAGAAGUUGCGCACCAAGACAGUAGCCAGGCGGGUGCUGGCCGGCAUCUGGGUGGUGUCCUUUCUGCUAGCGACGCCUGUCCUCGUGUAUCGCACAGUGACUGUAGAGAGAGACAACAGGACCAUGAGAUGCUCCACGAAGUACCCCCACACAAACCACCAGGUGUUUCAUUGCCUCUUCGAGUCCAUCACCGGCUUCCUGCUGCCUUUCCUGGUGGUGGUGCUCAGUUACUCCGACAUCAGGCGCCGGCUGCAGAACCGGCGCUUCCACAGCAGCCGCCGCCGCAUCGGCCGCAUGGUGGCGCUCAUCAUCCUGGCCUUCGCAGCCUUCUGGCUGCCCUACCACGCGGUGAUCCUGGUGGACGCGGGCAGCUUGCUGGCCUGGGAGGCGGUCCCGAAGCAGAUAACGCAGAAGCUGAACUUCGCCCGCUCCGUGACAAUCGCGGUGGCCUUCCUGAGCAGCAGCGUGAACCCGGUGCUUUACGCCUGCGCCGGAGGGCGGCUGCUGCGCUCGGCCGGCCUGGGCUUCGUCGCCAAGCUGCUGGAGGGCACCGGCUCAGAGGCGUCCAUCAGCCGCCGCGGCGGCACCCUGAACCAGACAGCAAGGGGUGACGCGGAGCCGGGCCCCGAGGACAGCCACGACACUCUGGGCUGAAGCCACCGACAGCCUGCGGAGUGGCGGCGCGGUGGAAGGACGAUGGCGGCUCCCGCCAGUCGCCAGUCGCCAGUCCCUGUCGGUCUCACUUGUCUGCUCUGGGAGCAUCCAAGUGGAGGCUGGAAUCCAAGAGGGAGGGAGGAGCGAGUGAGGAGUGAGGGCCUGGCUCUCCCCCGCAGCUCCACAAUUAAAAGUGAUUAAGGCCCUCCUCGGUGGCUGGCGAGCUGGUUAAAGCACAGCACUGAGAAGCUAAAGCCACUUCUGCAUGAGUUCGA